AUUGCUCUAAUAAUUCACCCAGAAACAUCUUCACCAUCACAACAACAAAAUCACUAUAAUCUUAGAAGAAGAGACAAUAAGGACUAAAAACAAACAACAAUAAUAUCUUGCAAUGCCAACUAUAAGGCAGCGUGCAUGGGCCGUGAUCAAGUAUAUUCCUUGGCCGUGAUAAAGGUGGAACCGAAAUCGGCUGCAAUUGUUUGUCACGACCGCGGCAGACUCAUGGCAGAGGACAGUGCAUCCCUCUAAAAUUUGGAAGGACGCGAGAAAAAGCAAAUUAUCAAAUUUCAUCAUUAUGGGUGGAGGGGAUCUCAAUCUGAAAAAAUCAUGGCAUCCAAGCACCAUGAAAAACCAGGAGCGUGUGUGGAAGGCAGAGCAGCAGAAGGCAGAGGAGGAUCGGAAGAUGGCAGAACUGCAGAGGGAGCUGAAGGAAGAAAGGGAGAGAGAAGUAUUGAAGAGAACAGCUGAGGCAUCAGGAGCAAUUGCAAAGAGGGGAGAGGAAAAGCUUGACUGGAUGUAUAAAGGUCCAGGGGGCCAUGUCAGCCGUGAGGAAUACCUACUGGGUCGUAAAAUUGACAAAGCUUUGGAACAAUUGGAACGUGCUGAGGCUGCAGAAGAAGCACAGGAGGGAGAUCCGCCACCUCCUCAACAAAGUAAAUCAUCGUACACCAUUGAGCAUGAAAUUAAUCCUGAGUCAGUGAUUCGCCGUGAGCAAAGUGACAUCCAAGUAGACAUGCACAGAAAACUUAUGGAAGACCCUCUCCUCCUUAUCCGCAAGCAGGAGGAAGAAACAAAGAGGCAGAUCACCAACAAUCCAGUCAAGAUGAAACAACUACAACAGCUGAUUAAUACAAUCAAAUCAAAGAAGAAUAAGAGAUCUAGACGAAGUGAAUCUACAGAUUCAUUGAGCACAAGCUCCGAUUCUGAAAGUGAAGAUGAAAAGAGAGGAAAGAGGAAAAAGAAAAUGAAAAAAAAAUUAAAGCAAAGACAAUCCUUGAGUAGCAGCAGCUCAUCUGAUGAUACAGAAUCAUCUUCAAGCUCUGAGUCUGACAAGGGAAAGAAACACAAAAAGAAGAAGAAAAAAUCUAAAUCCAAGAAAAAGAAAAAAGAAAAAAGUAGGAAGAAGGAAGCGGCCAUUAAAAAGAAAUCCAAAAAGAAAAAGAAAGAUAAUGAUAUUGGAGAUAGAACAAAAAAUCUAAAGAGAGGAGUUAAGAGAGAAAAUUAUGGUAGUAAGAAACAAAUAUCAGAUAGAAGUGAAGAAAGUGACAUAGACUUGCAUUUGAAUACAGAAAUGUCAAGGAAAGGAGCCAUUGAAAGGAGUUCAGAAAGAGGCAGAGAAGGAACGGAAGGAUGGAAAAUUGGCAAUAAAGGACAGAACAGAGACAGAGGAGUGAGAGGAAGAAAUGACAGAUAUGCUAAACAGUUGAAUAGAGGGAAUAGGAAUAGAAGUAUGAGCAAAAGCAGAGAUAUAAAUAGAAGUCGAAGUAGAAGCAGGGAGAGAAUUAGGAGCAGAAGUAGAAGCAGAGGUAGAAAUAGUAGAAGUAGAAGCAGAGGUAAAAAUAUGAACAGAAGUAGAAACAGAGUUAGAAAUAGGAACAGAAGUAGAAGCAGAGGUAGAAAUAAAAUUAGGAGUGGAAGUAGGGACAGAAACAGAAGUAGAAGUAGGGGCAAAAACAGAAGCAGAAGUAGAAGCAGAGGUAGAAAUAGGAGUAGAAGUAGAGAGAGAAACAGGAGCAGAAGCCAAAGCAGGAGUAAAGAACAUAACCAACUAGGACAGGGAAAAUCCAAGCAGAGACUAAGUGAAAAGGAGAUGGAUGAACUGAGGGAGCAAAUGAUGGCAGCAGCAAAGAACAGAGAUGAGGAAAGAAGAAAAAAUGUUAUGAGAUAUGAUGCUGAGAAGAAAAAAGAAGAAGAAAUGAAUGAGUAUGCAGAGGACUUUGUGAGGAACAGUUUGGCAAGUGCUUCUCAAGGGACCAUAGAGGAGAGGGUAAAAUCUCGCAUUAGUUCAUCUCAACGAGGAGCGGCACACAUGAACUCCAACUUUAUGAGGAAGUAACUGCACUAGCUAAAUCAGCUAAAUCAGGAGAGUAUUCACUGAAAGCUGGAAAUGGUGAAAAUACAUGUGCUUAUGUUUCUUAACUAAGGGUGUGUGUGUGUGUGUGUGUGUGUGUGUAAAGAGAAUGUGAAUUAUCAUUGCACUGUGAGAUUACAUGUCUCAUAUGAAGUCUUGAAUUUGAUGAAAAAUGUACAUAAUUUUAAAAUAAUUGAUAGUUUUGAAAGUUUAGCUGUAUAUUUGUUAUAUUUUCUUGAUUGUAUAAUGAAUUCCUUGUGAUCAAAAUAAAUGUUUCAUGAUCA